GCGGCGGGCCAAUGGGCGGGCGCGUUGCUGUUGCGAGGGGGGCGCUGCGGGCGGCGGGCGGCCAUGGAGGUGCGGUGCGGGGGGCUGCUCUUCAGCUCCCGCUUCGACUCGGGCAACCUGGCCCGCGUGGAGCAGGUGGAGCCGCCGCGGGGGGACGCGCUGCCGCCCGCCGACUACGAGUUCAACGUCUGGACGCGGCCCGACUGCGCCCGCACCGAGUACGAGAACGGCAACAGGUCCUGGUUCUACUUCAGCGUGCGCGGCGGCGCCCCCGGGAAGCUGAUCAAGCUGCACAUCCUCAACAUGAACAAGCAGAGCCGGCUGUACUCGCAGGGCAUGGCCCCCUUCGUGCGCACCCUGCCCGGCCGGCCCCGCUGGGAGCGCAUCCGGCAGCGGCCCAGCUUCGAGAUGGUGGAGACCCAGUUUGUGCUGUCCUUCGUGCACCGCUUCCUGGAGCACCGCGGCACCACCACCUACUUUGCCUUCUGCUACCCCUUCUCCUACACAGAGUGCCAGGAGAUGCUGGCGCAGCUGGACAGCCGCUUUGAGGAGUGCCAGCACAUGUCUCCCAGCAGCCCCCUGGACUCCGUCUAUUACCACCGGGAGCUGCUGUGCCACUCCCUGGACAAGCUGCGCGUUGACCUGCUGACGGUCACCUCGUGCCACGGCAUGCAGGAGAAGCGGGAGCCGCGCCUGGACAAGCUCUUCCCGGACACUGCCACGCCGCGGCCGCGCCGCUUUGUGGGGAAGAGGGUGUUCUUCCUGAGCAGCCGGGUGCACCCCGGGGAGACGCCGUCCAGCUUUGUCUUCAACGGCUUCCUGGACUUCAUCCUGCGCGAGGAGGACCCCCGCGCCCAGAUGCUGCGGCGGAUGUUUGUCUUCAAGCUCAUUCCCAUGCUCAACCCGGACGGGGUGGCGCGAGGCCACUACCGAACCGACUCCCGCGGGGUAAACCUGAACCGCCAGUACCUCAACCCCGAUGCCGAGCUGCACCCUGCCGUGUACGGGGCCAAAGCCGUCCUCCUCUACCACCACGUGCACAGCCGCGUCCUGCCGGGCUCCCCCGACUGGAGGACGUACGUCUCGCCUCUCAGCACCAGCUUGCUCAGCACCAAAUCUUCCAACCAUUCCGUCCGCGGCAGCGCCCCGUCCCCCGAGGCAGCCCUGUCGGAGCUGGAGAAAGCCAACAACCUCCGCAACUCGCCCGGCGCCUGGAGCGCCGGCACACGCCGCAGCCCGCCUCAGGAGCCCCCGCCCGCUGCGCUGGAGCUGAUCCUCCCUGCCAGCUGCUCCACGGAGCUCCCCGAAGAGGAAGCCAAGAGGACAACGCCUCUCCCCGAAACCAUCCUGCCCCAGCACAGCGGGCUGGCCUACUAUGUCGACCUCCACGGGCACGCCUCCAAGCGCGGCUGCUUCAUGUAUGGCAACAGCUUCAGUGAUGAAAACGAUCAGGUGGAGAACAUGCUGUUCCCUAAGCUCAUCUCCUUGAACUCACCUCACUUUGACUUCACGGGCUGUAACUUCUCCGAGAAGAACAUGUACGCCAAAGACAAGCGGGACGGGCAGUCGAAGGAGGGCAGCGGGCGAGUGGCCAUCUACAAAGCCUUGGGCAUCAUCCACAGCUACACGCUGGAGUGCAACUACAACACGGGGCGCUCGGUGAACAGCAUCCCGGUGGCCUGCCACGACAACGGGCGCGCCAGCCCCCCGCCGCCCCCCGCCUUCCCCUCCAAGUACACUGUGGAGCUCUUCGAGCAGGUCGGGAGAGCCCUGGCCGUGGCAGCGCUGGACAUGGCAGAGUGCAACCCGUGGCCUCGCAUCGUCCUGUCGGAGCACAGCUGCCUCAGCAACCUGCGGGCCUGGAUGCUGAAGCACGUGCGCGGCACCAGGGGCGCCGCCGGCUGCGCGCGGAGGAGAGGCACCCGCAGCCCCCCCAGGAGCACCACAGGGCUCCCGACCUCGGCCUCGGAUAACGCCCUGUCCCGCGCACGCAGCUUCAGCAAUGGCACCAGCGGGAGCGGCAGCAGCCAGCAGGACUCGCCCCAGAUCAAAGCCUCGCCCAGCUUCUCCUUCGGCUGCAGCCGGCCCUGCGCCCCAGCUGCGGACGGCCAGGGCCCGCAGACGGGCAGCGUGAGAGCCCCGGCGCCGGUCAGAGUGGUUUUGAGUGGAAGAAGUGCGUGUGACCGGCUGCCCCGUCCCCUCGGAAGGGCCCUGGACUGCAGGGCGCAGCUCAGCGCUCCGGCCCCAGCGGAGCAGGCCGCACCUGGGUCGGGACAGACAGCGGCACAGCGAGACCCCUGAUGUCAUCGGCUGGAAGGGCUGCGGGGCCUGGCCAAGCUCCCCCCCACCCACUCUGCAGCCCCUGCUUCUGCCAGCAGCAGGUCAGAGGGACGGUGCUCGCCGUGGGCUGCCUGGCAGUGACUAGUCUGCUCUGAGCCGGCAGCCCCGGGCUGACCAGCUCGCUGUGCAGGGCGCAGAGCACAGUGCUUUCUGGAGAGGCCAGCACGGAAAACCUGCGGCCUCUGGCACCCAAAUUGCUCCCUAGGCCCGUGGGGUGACACCAAAGUGCCUUUCUCCUUCCCAGGCACCUGCUGAGGCACAGCCGGUUGUGGCGCAUGGCUCUGUCAUGGCACUGUGGGGCCGAGCUGUGGCAGCUCACUGGGGGCUGAGCGAGCGGUGACUCCUGCCCCAGGGGCUGCCUGGCAGCACUGAGCCACCCACACGGCUUGGAGGCACAGAUGCAGCCCUGCAUCGGCUGCACCACGCUCUGGGGUGGCAAAGCAGUGCAAUCACAGCGCCCCUCGCUGCGGGCAGGGCCGUGGCAGGGUGCUGGGUGGUGUCUGGUGAAGCUGCGGUGCCCCGAGCUGCUGGCCGAGGCAGCGGCGUGUGGCAGACGGGGCUUGGCAGCGAGCCCUGGGCUGCCGCAGGGCUCCCGGCCCCGGAGGGCACCGUGCGCCCAAAGGCCCCGGCACGAGCGGGCGUCCUCGGUGCCGCGGGGCAGGGGGCGGCCGGUGUGACUGGGGCGUGACUGCGGCUGUGUGGUGUGGUGGCGGUGCCCCGAUGCGGCACCGCUCCGCCCGUCGGCUCCUCGUGCUGUGCCUGCGUGGCGCGCGUUGCUUCGUCCUCUGUGUGUGCUUCCCAGCGCUCUGUAGCGACCGUUUCUCCCCUGCUGCCAGAAUGUGGCGGGGAGGAAAUAAAAGGUUCAUGUUCCCCUGG